UGCAUCAUCAUCAUCGGAUGAAGGAACGAAAUCAGAAAAUAGAACAAAAUUUGGGGGUUUAGGGUUCAUCAUCAAUCUGCAAUUUGAAUCUGUCGAGAUAACAACAAAUCAAAUCGAAGAAAAGAAAAGAAAUGGGGAGUCUUGUAAAGGCGUAUUAUUAUUGUCAGCAGCACAAGAGCGGCAGCAGCUUUCAGCUUCACCACCAUUAUUACAGCAGAAGAAGAACUACUUCCAACCUUCAGAACCCUGUUUCCCUCUUCGCCUUCACUUCUCCUUCCAUUUCCUCUUCUUCUUCUUCUUCUUCUUCUGAUCCCCCUUCUCCUUCUCCUUCGUCUUCAUCUGCAUCUCCUCGUCCUAUUAAACACCGAUUCGGCGGCGGCGUAGGCGGCCACUUCAUCAUUCCCUCGAUCGCUGUCGCUGCUUCCGCCUGCUUCUUCCUCCGUCUGCACCUUAACCCUCCUAUCAUCACCUCCUCUCCCCUUGAUGAUUUCCAGCUCCAACUGGAGGAACCAGGUUCUAUCAGAGAGCUCCCUCUCCUCCACCGCAAUCAUCAUUAUCUCCUCAAAGCUCUUCACUUUUACAAAGUCAAGCCAGGUACCGUCCUCAAACUCCUUGACGUUUACGACUCCGAUAGCUACGACUCCUUGAAAGCCCGCAUUCGUCUGUCCGCCGAGUGGUUGGAGACUGCCAGGAGAGAGCUCGAUGAGGUUCUUGAGAGGGACCCUGCUCGGGUCAUGGAGUACUCCCAGGUGGUUGAUGAGCUGAUGCAGAUUCUCAGGGACAUGGACCUCUACAUCGACAAAUGCCAAAAGGACAACGUCAAGGGUUACCUUCAUUCCUGCAACCGGUUGCUUGCCCGUGUUAGGAGGAUGGAGGCUCAGAUUCUCAAUCUCCUCAAAGAGUUUCACGACGACGAGGACCAAGGACCUGGAGGACAGACUUAACUUAGUCUUGUUGUUUAGGGAACAAAUAGGUGCACUUUUUGUUUCCUACAUAUAUAUAUAUAUAUUACUUUUACUUUACUUUCAUGUGGAAUUGAGUUAUGUUUUGGUUCUAAUUAACUUUUCUAUCUAUGGUCGAGAUUAGGAUGGUAAACACUUGUUAUGUUUUCCAUGUGACAGCAAUACGAGAGAUUUCUUCCUUGGUUUCCCAUAAUUCUUAACAUUGAUCCCCUCAUGAUGAUAUGUGUAAAGUCAGUGGUGGACAAAUUACUCAAUUUUCCAUACACGAAUGUUUGUUUCAUAUACACAAUUGCUCUUACUCUUCCA